GCGCCCCUCGCACAGCCUCCCAUGUUCAACUUCGCUGAUGCGGUGCACCGCCCCCUGCACCGCUCCGCGAACUUCAACACCCAUAGCGCAUCGCUCUCCCGCUCCUCGAUUCACUCGACGCCGCCCCCCAGCGAGCACUCGCGCUUCGACGCCCAGCAGGCGUGCACACCCUGGAAGCGCGCUGGGCCCGGCGACGAUCAAGCGCCGGAUGGAGCGUAUGUAUAAUCCUGCGCCUUCCUCGGCGCGACGCCUGCUUCAUGUAAACUCUCUAUCACCCCGGCGGAGGGCAGGCCUUCUUCAUCACGCCUCAUCGACCCCGAACGCAGAAGCGGUCAAGCGACCCAAUCGUCGUGAAACACGCAAGGACACGGCAAGCCUCAGAUCUGCGAUGCGCGCUCGACGACUGCAUUGUUGCUGUUUGUUACGACUCUAUAGAGCCUCCUUGCGGACGGGAGUCUGGACAGGGGACCCUGACAUGCGUCAAAAUAAGGUCAGUCCCGAACGUCCGUUGGAUGAAGGUAGGCAGCCGUGCGUUGGCAACGAGGGCUAUCUCGAGCACUAAUCUCGAAAAUCCAGUCCGUAAGUCAGCCAUUCAUGACUCGCUGUGAACGUGACGAGCUUCAUAACCCCCUGUUGGUCUCCGUCAAAUGGACGGGCCUCGCGCGGACCCCUCAUUGCAAGCUAUUGUCUUUACACGGCUCACUUCAUUUUCUAGCCGCCAAAUUUAAUCUAACGGUUGGUCUUUCCUCAAAGGCAUUUCAUUCCCCAUGUUUCGCACAGCAGGAUCAAGCGACCUACGAACGCAUGGCGCAACCUCAAUAGGAUCGACCCUCAGGGCCAACCU